CCCGCCUCGGUUGUGAAUAUGAAAGGUACAAGGACAGUUAUAGAUAUAAAUAGAUUCGCGAGAUAAUUUAUUGUAUGCACUCCAGCCGUUGAUAUCUGUUAUUGUAUGCACUCCAGCCGUCGAUAUCUGUUAGUUGAAGUCAGUCUGUUGGUAGGAACAAUAUAGAUUUGAAGAUGGCGUUCGGAUAUUUGCUCCUGGCAGUAAAUGUGGUCAUCUUGGCCGUCUACAUCCAACAAACGUUCUUUAGUGGGGAUAAACUUGAAUCUCACUUGGCGAAGGAGAUCGACGCAACAUACGACUAUAUUAUAGUGGGGGCUGGGUCAGCAGGAUCUGUAUUAGCCAAUCGACUGUCUAAAGAUUCUAGUCUGAAAGUCCUGGUUCUGGAAGCAGGAACUGACGAUCAACAACCGUCCUCCACAGUUAUAAAAAUCCCUAUGAUGUGUGCAUCGGCUCAAAGGACAGAAUACGAUUGGCAAUAUUAUUCGGUGCCUCAAAAUAAGUGCUGCAAGGGGUUAUGGGGAGAGAGAAUGUUUAUGCCGAGAGGUAAAGUGUUAGGGGGAUCCAGUCAAAUAAACUAUCAACUUUAUGUCCGAGGUCAUAGAAAGGAUUAUGAUGGCUGGUCUGAAGCUGGUUGCGAUGGUUGGAGCUAUUCUGAAGUCUUGCCAUAUUUUAUUAGAUCAGAAAAUAUUCAACCAUUUAAACAUAUGGAUAAAGAAUAUCAUGGUACAAAUGGUCCACUUGGCGUGAUUGAAUCUCAUGCGACAGAUUUUCCCAGUUUUAUGAUAGAAGCUGGUAAAGAAAUGGGGUAUGGAACUGGUGAUUAUAAUGGUAGGGAACAAAAAGGAUUUUUUGCUUCACAAGCUACUAUACAAGACGGUGUAAGAUGUAGUACGGCUAGAGCCUUCUUAUGGCCAGCUGUCACAAGUCGCAAAAAUCUUCACGUUCUGACAAACGCCCACGUUAAAAAGGUAGUUAUACAGAAUAAGAAAGCAGUUGGUGUAGAAUUUUAUCACAAAGGAACACUGAAGUCUGUUUCUGUAAAUAAAGAGAUUAUUCUAUCAGCUGGUGCUUUGUCUUCUCCUCAGAUUUUAAUGCUGUCAGGGAUUGGACCAAAAGAACACCUAAAGGCACACGGGAUACCAGUCGUAGCUGAUUUACCAGUGGGUGAUCAUUUAGAAGAUCAUAUUAGUUUUAUAUCCUACUAUAAAACAAAAGGAACCGUUUUUAGUUCUCGUAACAAAAUAGAAUCUUUGUGGACAAAAGCCCAGUAUUUAACAACCAAAUCAGGUGUGUUGACGACACCUGGAGGUAUGGAAUCAUUAGCUUUUAUAUCUACGGACCCCAAAAGUCCCGAGUAUCCUGAUUUAGAAAUACAUGCAAUAAAUUGGCUGUUUAACGAAGAUACGAUACGGGACGUGGUUGGUGUUGACCCUAAGUAUGCCAAGUAUUAUUCGGGUGUAAACGAUAUGAACGGUUUUACUUUGUAUUAUACUUUAUUAAGACCAAAAAGUUAUGGUAAACUUCGUCUAAACAGUACAGAUUCCAUGCAAUAUCCGAUCAUUGAUCCAAGAUAUUUAGAAAACAAGGAAGAUGUGGAGGGCUUGCUACGAGCUGUUCGUUUUUCACAGAAACUGACUGAAACCAAGACUUUCAAAUCUCAGGGAACGGAAUUUUUCCAUAAACCAUUUUCACCGUGUUUAGAAAAAUCUGAAUUUGAUAGUGAUGAAUAUUGGCGAUGUUAUAUAAGGUAUUUUACCCUGGUUAUCUAUCAUCCUACUGGAACUUGUAAAAUGGGACGUACAGAAGAUCCAACCACGGUAGUGGAUCCGCAGCUAAGAGUGAAAGGAAUCCAUGGACUGCGAGUAGCUGAUGCUUCUAUCAUGCCAUCCAUAGUAUCUGGCAACACUAACGCACCGUGUAUAAUGAUUGGUGAAAAAGCCGCGGAUAUGAUUCUGGGUAUAAAACCACCAACCCCUCUAUCGGAUAUGUAGCUGUAUAUACCAUAACAGAGUCUUCAAUCGUUAUACGUAUCUUUGUGUUCAAACUUUAUAAGUAUUAAACCGUUAUAAUUAUCAGAAUGUUAAACCAUUAUAACAGAGACUUCAAUCGUUAUACGUAUCUUUGUAUUUAACCGUUAUAUAUGUACGUAUCUGUGUGUUCGACCGUUAUAAUUAUCCGAGUUUUAAACCGUUAUAACUAUCAGGGUGUUAAUCCGUUAUAACUAUCAGAGUGUCAAACUGUGUUACACCACUAUAAUUAUCAGAGAGAAACCGUUAUCAUGGUGUUUAACCGUUAGGACUAUCUGAGUAUUUUGUCUUUAUAAUUAUAAAUUCGUGUCAAUUAGUGUUAAACCGUAUAACUGUAGUUUUAAAUCGUUAUAACUGUCAGAAUAUUAACCCGUUAUAACUGUCAGAGUUUUAAACCGUUACAACUAUCAAAGUGUUAACUCGUUUUAAUUAUCAGUGUGUUAAGAUUGUCAGGGUGUUAAACCGUUAGGACUAUCAGAGCCGUGUCAAACUGUUUUAACUAUCCAAAUGUGAACCUGGUAUAACUAUCAGGGUGUUAAACGGUUAAAAUUAUCAAACUAUUCAAACUAUUAUAACAAACUAUUUAAUCGGUUAUAACUAUCAGAGCAAAUUAUUUAAUAGGUUAUAAAUCUAAAUUGUUAAACGGUUUACUAUCAUAGAGAACUGUAUAAAUGGUUAUAACUAUUAUAGUAAACUGUUUAAAUGGUCAUAGCUAUCAUAGUAAACUGUUUAAAUGGUUAUAACUAUCAUAGUAAACUGUUUAAAUGGUUAUAACUAUCAUAGUAAACUGUUUAAAUGGUUAUAACUAUCAUAGUAAACUGUUUAAAUGGUUAUAGCUAUCACAGUAAACUGUUAAACGGUUAACUGUUUAAAUGGUUAUAGCUAUCGUAGUAACUGUUAACCAACUGAAGGUGUCUCCUCAUCUUUAUUAAUCUUUUCUAAACCCAUUCAAUCGUUAGAUCUAAUUUCAGUCGGUUUUCCACGUGGUUUCGACUUGAGAUCUUUCCCAUUUAAUGGAGAUUUUAACGAAUGGAUUGUCAUUGUAUAAAAUGACAUGCAUUUUCAAAGACUUUAGUUUGAUCAUCGUUAGUCAUUGGAAGUCUAAUAGAUUUAAAUAGAUUAAGGAAUCAAGUCUGUGGAUUCAAAGAUUUAAUACAGAUCUAUAUUUCGUUUCGUUUUUUUGUUUGUUUUUUUGUUUGUUUUUUUGUUUUGUACUUUCGAUGGCCUACACUACAUGAAAAUCUGACUCGUUAUAGUAGAGGGUCGUGUCAGGGGUCGUACGAGCAGUUAUGGACCCUGUGACAUCAGACAUUGAUUAAUCAACCAGCAUCGCACGCCAAGAACUCGCCAUGACAGACCAUUUCAUUGUCUAAUCCCUCACUUCAACCGGGACCUCGGUAAUAUAACAAUUCAUCCAGAUCCUAGUGAAAUAAAGACAAGUAAAACUCAAAUGGCGUUCAGAGAUGUUGGUUAAUAUAUAGAUAUGCGUACUACAUGAUUCAUACUUUUAUGUUGAUCUAAAGUGUUAGUGGAUGAACAAGCUCUAUACCAUUAAUAUUUAGUUUGUUUACCAGAUUUACUUUCAGUAUUAGUUAAUUGUAUCGACAAUAAUAUAUAAUCGCCUUGAUGUUUGAAUAGAAAUUAUGGUGUGUGCAAAUAAAGUUGAUAUUUACAA